CAUCGACUCUUUGCAUUUUCUUCCGUUCGUUACGAUCCUUUACGCUGUUUAAACCACGUCCAUAAACCGGGCAACGAAACCAAUAACUAACAUGGGAUUCUUAAAGAAAUUCUUCUCGAUUGGGAACAAGAAGUCAAAGAGACGAGAAUUGGUGCAUCAUGACCUUGAAUCUAUACCCCAGUACCUGCAGCCUCGAGGGGAGGAAGAUGCUGAGGCGGCAGUAAGCCGACUUUUGCGCUCCUCUUCUGCGCGUUGCGGCGUUGAAUCAGGCUUGAAUUACGCAUCACUUCCACCUCUCCCUCAUCCCAUUAACAAUGUUCUUCCGACGCCUGCUGCAUCCACAGCGACCAUCAAUAGCGUUUUCCAACGCAGCACUUACACAGUCACCGUACACGGUCGCACAGUACACAGCCGCACUGAGUUCCCGAAUGCAUACCCUCCUAUGGAUAAUCUUGUCACUCCGAGACGAAAUAUAACCGACUCUGCACGACGCCGCUCUAAAAGCGUACCCAUCACUCCCCGCGAUCAGAACCGUCUUCUUCGCCUUCGCCAGGACCCAUCCGUCGCCAGCUUGCUCAAUGCUUAUGAUGAGAAUGGAUGCUUAGACUCUCAUGUCUUCUCUAAUACCCCGCCUGUCGCAGGAGACAAGAGACGCCUGAAAAGACGUCGUACUGGCUCAACCUUUAGCCAGCUAUUAGGCUACCCUUCUAGCUCUGAGCACCGCGAUGACAGCGACAUUGAAUGGGCUGAGAAUGUCCUAUGUGAAACAGAUGAUAAUUCUUCGACAUCUUCCCCUCAACUUAAAACACCACGCGAUCCCCAUUUCCAUUCCUCUCCCUUCGGCUACGCUGACCACAGCAUCACACUCUCUACUGAAUGCGACACCUCUGCACAAAAUCAACCCACAUUCUCCUCUCUUGAAGUGGAGCUCAGCGCCUCCACUGAAAUUACGCACCAUGCCCACGCCAAUCCGCCUUAUGAGAAUCCAAUGACUUCCCAACGUGCCUCGCAGAUAUUCGGGUUUCUCGCUGACAAGAAAAAGAUUCCUGAAGAGCGUCCCUCGAGGCUGCCGACGCGAAAAGUUACUAGCCUCUCACGCGUCAUGUCAGACCUGGCAUCCAACGGUGUCGAACCUCCUCUUAGCGAUACUCAAUUAUCUGAACCCAUUCAUGCCGAGAUCACUUCACAACUCGUGUUUCCCCCUUCGCAGUCUAUGCCAGCUGCACCAGUUCUAAACGAGGAGCCACCACAUCACAUUGUACACACAGAGUCUGAACCUGUAAUUAUCAACCAUACUGGCCAGAGCAGUAGCAGUGGACAAAGCAGUCGAGGUCCACGCGGUCCACGCGUUUUGACCAAGAGUCCCUCGCGAUCCAAGUCAAAUCCCAGCCAGCCUCGGCUGCAGGAUACUUUCCCACCUUUACCAGAGAUAAAGGCUCAGGGCACUUCUCCCAGACCCGCUUUCAGAGAGAAGUCAAAUGCGGAUGCUAGACAUCCAGGUUUUGCUACCAUCAUCAGCGGAGAUCCGGCCGCUUCGAUACCUGCUUCCUCUCGUCCGCGUUCAUCUCCGCGUUCUAAAACCAUUGAUCUGAAUGCUGAUAACCAGCCCCCUAUCCUUGCACGCAACGGCUCGUCACUUCAUUCUUUCGCAAGCGCGUCAUUUCCUGCAAAGAACAAAUCAAAAGUCGAGGCAUCUUCAUCCGCUCAAACAACUCCGCGCGAUAAAGAAAACGACGCGACAUCGCAGCUUCCCCAGCCAAAGACACCCUUGCGACCCUUUGGUUUCCGUGCACCGCACUUGCAGGACAAACCCUCGCCUGCAUCGUCCUCUGAGUUGUCCCCCAUGGGAAAGCAGAUUAUGACGAAUUUACGACACCAGCGGAUGCAGGCGCGUCAGAAGGAGCGGCAGACUGGUCGCUUGGGAAGUAGUCAUAGUCGUGUUCGGUAUUGAGCAUUUUACUUAUUUAUUUUUCGUCGUGUUAUCUUUGUUUUUCACAGCUUUGAUAUGGUUUCGUCUUUGCCUGUAGUGGUCAUAGUAUACCUCGUUAUCAAUGUCUGAGAUCUGAGUCUCACAACAAUCAAGUAUGU